AUGCCUCUGGUCAUCCGGAACCAGUCAUGCCCUGUUCCCGUCACCCCGGACAAGGGUGCUCCAAAUAUGCAAGCUGUCAACAUCUUCAUCGUUUCUGUCAGUCCCAUCGCGCUUGCAAUGAGCACUUUUGCCUUGAUUGUUCUCACCCGACGUCGAGCGGUCCAACUGGGCUCAAUGCGUAUCAAUUUGACCACUUUGACCGCUUUCGAAACCCUCUUGAACGCGAUGAUAUUCAUGUUCACAGUAAGCACCCUGACCGGGGAUGGACAAGAGGCGUCCACAAUGGCAUUCACAAUUGUUUGUUUUUUCUUCAUCAACGGGGCUUUGUGCGCACGGAAUUGGAUUAUCACUCUGAUUGCUCUGGCCCGGUGUAUAGCCAUUACCAGACCGAUGGCCACUCGUCUCAUGUCCACACAUCUGUUCCGUCCGCGUUCGCUGGGAGUCUGUACAGUGUUGUGUAUUGUGACCGGAUUUCUGCUCAGCCUACUUCGUCUGUUUGAGCAAAAAAUUGUGGUCUGUGAGAAUUUGGGCGACACAAUUCGUCUAGCACCGAAUUCAGGCUGGCGUCCGGUGAACGAGAUCUUUUUUAUCUAUCAAUCCGCUAUGCCCAUAUCUAUUGUACUGAUUACCACAAUGAUUAUGAUCACUGUCCUAUUACGUAAUAAAACAUUCCGAUUGGACAAUCAUGGUCCGGGAACACAGAGCACAACAACUACACCGGUGGGCACUGUGAUUGCUGUUUGCCCGACAGGUGGUGGAGCUGGUACGAACGGUAGUGGUGCGAACGGGAAUGGGAUCAUUAUGUCAAACAAUCCAAACAACAUGAAUUCUNCGUCUCCUGUGUUGUCCUCUUCCGUGUCUAGUGCAACCGGCCAUCACCAUCAUCAUCAGACAACAAAACGGAUUGCUUGUUCUGCCAGUCAACUUCGUUAUUCAAUCGGUGUACGACAGACACAAAUGUGCGCCAAAAGCCAGAUCAAUUAUCGACGUACACAUAACCAGCUUCGAGCCACACGUAUGAUCACACUGCUCGCGGCCGCUUUCAUUCUAUUCGAAGCGCCGAUAUUUUUCUGUAUUGUUUUCCGAGCAUCCAUUCCCCAUGCUCAGUAUCGAUUAAUUACGAACGCACUCAAAGCGUUGGUGGUAUUGGAUUCGUGUGCAAAUGUGGUUAUCUAUCUUUUCAUGAGUAAACGUUUCCGGAAGGAAAGUUCACGUUUGUGGACCACCAUGAAAAUACGUCAAUCUCGGGUUUCGGUCAACCAAACGGAAAUGGCACUUUGA